AGCAGCUGUCAACCCAGUUGGCUUGACAAGACAGACACAAUCUGACCAGGAGAAACGCUAUGAACCAGCGCAGGCCUCGGAGCUGAACAGGUUCCCCACGCUGCUUAACCACUGAGAACUUUAUGCAUGGAAACAGGUCAAAGUUGCCCCAACUGAGACGAGCUGAAUCUGGAAGUGGAGACUUGGGUGGAGGGGUGGACCACAGAGGCAUAGAGAGGUCUUCGCAGGUGUUCUCCUGAGUGUUGAGCAUCUAUUUAUGCAAGUAUGAAUCCUAUGUGGAAGGUUUAUAAGAGCAAAGUGCUGAAGACUCUUAACCCUGAGUAUGAGGAGGACACUGCUGAAGAGGUCACAGAAGUGGAGAAUGAUAUGAGCCCAGUGCAGGAGGAUGAGGGGCCCAAUGCUGUCUCCCAAUUGGCCAAGAAAAUGCAGGGGGCCGGGGCCAAAAGCUGGAACAGACUAUCAGCUCUCUUCAACAAAGAUGAUGAACACCAGCUUCUAGAGGAGACUGAGAGCCCGCCGGUUGCUGACCAUCCACUUGCAGUAAAGCCAGAGGAGCCUCCUCGACCCACCAGGCGCUCAGGAUUCUGGGAUAGCUUCGCAGCCAACUGGGCUGCCAAGAAGCAGGCCGAAGCUGCUGCAGCAGCCGCCGCCGCUGCUACAAACGAGGCAGCAGAAGGCCAAGGUGAGGAAGCUGUGACAGAGGCCGCAGGGGAGGCAAACCAAGAUGGGCAGGUCGCUGCAGGAGAGGACAGUGAAGGAGGAGGAAGGAGCAACAAUAGCUUCUCCAAAUACGUCUCGCUGGGAGGGGGAAACGAGGACGCAUCCUUCAAGUGGAACUUUGUCACCAGCAAGCUGGCAGAGCUGAAAACCAAGAGCACAACCAAGACCAACUAGAUACUGGUGAGAGGGAAUGAGGAGAAUAUAAACAAUAUGUGGCUGGGGGGGGGGAUUAUGGAGGAAGUUUAGAGGCACGGUAGAUUUAACAAGUAUGUCCUGUAACUGAACUGUACAGCCAUUAUAGAAGUCCUUCAGUCCUCAGAAGGCAUUCAGAGCUACUGAAUUUACCCACCAACUCCCAGAAAUGUUUUUAUUUUACAACCAUAUCUCAGCAAAUGAAGAAAGGUUACAAUAAACCAGCAUUGAACCUGGAAUAGACAAUACAGUGAAGUUUCUGGGGAUUGCACGGUGAUUUUUCUUUACCCAAAGUGCUUCUUAAACCACAAAAGGAGGCCUUCACACCUGUAAGCAAACCUGAUAUAAUCUGUAGUUUAGCAAAAACUAGAUUAAGAGAUUCAAGGCAGUGAUAGCUGCAUUAGUUGAGGAUUAUCUCACUGUUCAGAGGGCAGGCAGGAGAUUACAGAUGAGAGAUUUGGCAGUGCAACAUAACUAUUACAUAAUAUUCUGUAAUCAUUUGAAAAAUACUUUUGUUUUCCGCAGACACCAGGAAUGGAAAAUGUGCUGCACAAUUAUAUGAAAUGUGUAAAAUAUGAAUGUGUGACUGACAUGAUGAUUUAACUGACCUGAAUUUUCUGAUUGUGACUGAGAAAUGUGCAACGUGUGAUUUUCAACAUUCCUAAUUUUGUGACAUGAAAGAAAAGAGGUUUAAAUAUUAUUUUCUUCCUGAUUUUGGUUUUUUCCUUGUUGUAUGUUUUAUUCUGUUUUGUUUUCUGGUAUGCUCUAAUAAAGACUAUUGCACUAAAAGAUUUGAUGAAG